AUGGCAGAGGUUAGCCGAGUGCGCAAAGUUAUCCAAGUCUCUUGUGCUAUCAUCUGGUGCUUGUUAGCCGCUGGCCCAGUUUUUGGAUUCGCUGCUAUCAAGCCGAUAUUGUUGAAAGAGGGUGUCUACAGCGAGAAAUGUGAUAUCAAAGUGAACUCGUCCGGACACCCUGUGUCUUGCGUGGCCCAAGAUUUGUCCUUGAAUUUUCUUUUUACUGUGGCAUGCAUGGUUACCAACAUUUCAGCUCUCCCUGUUGGUUCAUUACUAGAUGAGUACGGACCAAAAGUUUCAGGAAUCAUUGGCUCCUUUAUCAUCUUUUUGGGUGCCACCACAUUGCUGUUUGCCAAAUCGAUCUCUUUUAUUGAUGGGUACCUUUGUGGAUAUACAUUGUUGGCUUUGGGCGGUCCGUUUGUGUUCAUCUCAUGUUUCCAGUUGGCAAACAGCUUUCCCAAAAACUCUGGGCUCAUUUUGGCUCUCUUGACCGGAGCAUUUGACUCGCUGUCUGCAUUGUUUCUCGUUUACAGACUUAUUUACACCAAUGUGACCCACUUGUCUGUCCACCAGUUUUUCCUUUACUACUUAGUGGUGCCUAUUUUCAUUUUCCUUUGUCAAAUCACCAUUAUGCCUACCGACUCUUACAAAACUGUGGGCACGUUGGCAAAGAUUGCAGAAACAGCCAUCGACGAAACCGGAAAGCCUUUGGAUAAGGAUUUGCUUAUUCCAUCUGACAGAAACACAGCAGAUGAUACUGCAGUGUACUACCAGCCCACUGUUGGAGAAACCACGUCUCUUCUCAUUAGAAGAGGAUCUUAUACUUCAUUUGCCGACAGAAGAGACUCUACUAUACUGCGUGCUUCACGGUGCUCGGUGAAAUCUGUGUACGAACAACAGGCUGAAGACAAAUUGUACGAAUCUACUGGAGGCGUUUUUGGCGUGAUGCACGGCUAUACAAUAAAUGAGCAAUUGAAGUCUCCCUGGUUCUUGUUGAUGACAGUCUUCACUACCAUUCAAAUGCUUCGAAUCAACUAUUUUGUCGCCACUAUCAGAGCGCAAGAAUUGUAUCUUUACGGAGACGAAGAGAUUGCUACAAAGAUUAACCACUUUUUUGACUUUGCCUUGCCAUUGGGCGGACUAGUAGCGAUCCCAUUUAUUGGCUUGAUAUUGGACAACUUGACCACGGUAAGUGUUUUGAGAAUCCUUUCUGCCAUUUCCAUUACCAUUGGUGUUCUUGGCUGUUUGUCGUGGCUUCCUGCGACGUAUCUUGGGAUUCUUCUUUUGGUGGUCUAUAGACCCUUCUAUUACACAGCAGUUUCUGACUUCUGCGCCAAAGUUUUCGGCUUCGAAACUUUUGGUACAGUCUAUGGCACAAUCAUUUGCUUUUCAGGUUUGUGCAAUAUCUUGCAACAAGUCAUGGACAGUAUCACACACAAUUACCUUAAUAUGAAUCCAAUCCCAAUUAAUGCGCUUUUGACCGGCUUGACAGUGGUUUUCGCCUUUGCCAUAGUGCGUUUUGUCACUUCGCAAGAAACUUCUAUGCGCAGACAAAACUUGGAGAUCGAAGCGCAAGAGGCUUCGAUUGGUUCAGUACCUCAUUAA